AUGCCGUCCGCUGUUCCCGUUAUCCAACGCAUCGAUGCCUCAGAGCCGGAGGCCAUCAUUGAGGCAUUGAAGAAGGAUGGCGGCGUCAUAAUCAAAAACUUCACCACACCAGAGCUUGUUGACCAAGUCAAUGCUGAGACGCAGCCAUAUCUACGCAAGGACAAGCCGUGGAAGGGAGCGCUCUUCCCGCCCGAGACGCGCCGCUGCACGCGCCUAGCUGCGCGGUCCCCGACCUUCCGCAACCACUGGCUGAUGCACCCGCUUGUCGCGCAACUGACGUCGCACUUCCUCUCCAAGACGACGCCUUGUUGGUACAACGACGACCGGCACGAGUACACGCUCUACCCCAUCCUGUCGAACAGCGUGACGAUGGAGUGCAAUCCGGGCGGGGCGGGCCAGAGACUCCACCGCGAUGAGAAGGUGCACCACGCGUGGCGCGACGACCAGACGGAGUCCGGCUACCGUAUGGGCAGCGAUGUGAUGAUGGCGUUCCUGAUUCCUGGAACGCAGACGGUGCCUGAGAACGGGGCGACGGUGGCGAUUCCUGGCUCCCACCUUUGGGGUAUGGAGCGCUAUCCGAAGAUGGAGGAGGCGGUGCCAGCGACAAUGAUGGCGGGCGAUGCGUGGUGCCACCUUGGCGGUCUCUACCACGCAGGCGGGGCAAACACGACGACCGACUGGCGGCGGCCGAUGCACUCGAUGUUCUUCUGCCAAAGUCACCUGCGCACGGAGGAGAACCAAUACCUUAUCCACACCAAGGAGGACGUCGCUUCAUGGCCGCGUGAGAUGCAAAGGUUGAUGGGCUAUGACAUCUCGAGUCCCAACCUUGGAUUCGUCGACUUCGUCACGCCGUGGAAGUGGAUCACGGGUGACUACAACCCGGACGAGAUUGACGACUUGGAUCCAAUUAAGAACUAG